CAAAAAGUAAAAACAUUGUAUUUACAAAUUUUACAAUCUUAUCGUCUACUGUUUUAAAUUAAUUUAUAUCGAGUGUUUUUGGUCUCCUAUAUUAAAUAUUAUUCUAAAAAAGAAACAACAAUGUUAAAACCAAAAGCAUUGACGCAAGUUCUUAGCCAGGCAAAUACAGGUGGAGUGGAAAACACAUUGCUUUUGAAUCAUCAAGGAGCACUUUUGGCUUACUCUGGUUAUAAUGACAAAGAUGCAAGAGUUACAGCAGCAAUCGCGAGCAACGUUUGGUCCGCGUACGAAAAACACGGAAGAAAUGUUUUCAAAGAGGACAAGCUACAUCUUAUAUUGGUUGACUGUUUAAAUGGAAAAAUAGCCAUCACACAAGUGGCUAAUUUGUUACUGUGCCUUUAUGCAAAAGAAACUGUUGGCUUUGGAAUCCUAAAGGAAAAAAUUAAUGCUAUAGCACAAUAUCUUGAAGGACCUCUAAAACAAGUUGCAAGCUCAUAAUAAAUUUACAUUACUAUACUUAAAUAUUGUAAGUUGAGUGUAUUAAGUAUAUCAAUUACUGAUUUAUGUCAUAUUGUAUGUAUAAAUAAAGCCUAAUAAUAAAUUUAUUUAAGCUAUAAGAAGAAUAUUAGCUUAAAAUAAUGUAAAUUUUAUAUAAUGAAAAUACAAUACGACUUAUAAAUUAA